GCCGCGUUCUUCUUCAUUCAACGCCCCCCGCUUUCAUCUCCAUCCUGUUUCCCCAAAAUCUCUUUCUGGUAUGCAAGUGCAAGGAAGCGCCAUGGUCACCUCACCAUAAGAGAAACCGGCGUGCCUACGGAACCACCAUGUUUUCCCGUUUUGCUCCCUCUUCUUCUCUCUAUUUUCCGAUCUCUAACCAUCUCUCCCUUACAAGAUCCUUAAUCGGCGCCAACCACACCUCCGCUCGCUUCUGUUCUCGCUAAUCUCCGUUUCUCGCUCUCUUUCUCUCUCUCUAGUUCUCUUUUUGGGUUUUGAGUCGUUUUCUUCUCUCUCAAAAGAGGGUGCAAUAUUAGCAGUCAUGGAGCCUCCCAUGGGCAAGUCCGGCUCUCUUAGGAACUCUCUGGUACGGUUGCUCAUGUUCGGCGUUCUCAUCAUAGUCUUCCGAUUCGCCUACGUUAUUACGAUCACCGGAGAGUCGUGUAACGUCGGCGACUUCUGCUUCUUCUCGUUACAGGAGACUUUCAAUUUCGUUGUCACCGGUACCGGCCCUGGAGCAUCGGCCAUCGCCGCGAAUGACGCCGUCCAAGCGACGAACGGCGGCGUGGAUCUCUACACCAGCAAGGAUUGGAUCAAGGCCGUAAAUUUCUACUCCUCCGUCUUCCAGGAUCUGAUAUCCGAAGGCCACCUCUCGGGAGACUCGAAGUCUCUCUGCGUAGAGACGCCGAGCGGAAAAGACGUCUACUCUCUGAAACAGGUCGGGGUUAAGGACUCGGUUGGGAUUUUCAAGAAAGCUACCCGGCCUUUGGUAAUUAAGGCCCUCCCAAACCGAGUCCCAUUCGGCGACAGCACCUUCGACUUCGUGUUCUCCGCUGGGGGCCGUCUCGACAAGGUUUCCCGGCCGUUGGAAUUGGCGUCGGAGAUCGAAAGGACACUGAAACCCGAAGGGUUUGCUGUGUUCCACAUAGGAGCCAAAGAUACGUACAGUUUCAAUUCCUUUCUUGAAUUAUUCAAUUCUUGCAAGUUAAUCAAAUCACACGAUAUAGACGGCUUUGAUUCGUCGAUGCCUCGUAUACGCGAAAUUGUUCUGAAAAAGGAGGUCAAAAUUCUUCUGGAUCGUGUAGGGGUUGCGAAACCCAAACCCAUAAACGAACAUUCGGCGAAUAAGUGCUGGGUUCCCGAUCAUAAGCAAGAACUGGUCCGGAACGCUGAGCGUUUCAUCACGGAGGAGCCGUUGAAGCCGUGGAUCACGUUGAAGAGAAACAUAAAGAACAUAAAGUAUUUGCCAUCAAUGGCUGAUAUUAGCUUUAAGAAUAGGUAUGUGUAUGUUGAUGUUGGGGCUAGAGGUUAUGGGUCUAGCAUCGGAAGCUGGUUCAAGAAGCAAUACCCGAAACAGAACAAGACCUUUGAAGUGUAUGCCAUCGAAGCCGAUAAGGCCUUUCACGAAGAGUAUAACUUGAAGAAAGGGAUUAGGCUAUUGCCGUAUGCGGCGUGGGUGCGAAACGAGACAUUAAAGUUUGAGAUUAAUCGGGACCCAGGCAAGAAUAGCAGUGAUAAUGGUAGAGGGAUGGGGAGGAUUCAACCCUUUGGUGGCGGCGGUGGUGGUAACAAUGGUGGUGAUGUGAAUGAGAUUCAAGGGUUUGAUUUUGCGAAUUGGUUAAAGAACACGGUGUCGGAGAGGGACUAUGUGGUGAUGAAGAUGGACGUGGAAGGGACUGAAUUCGAGUUGAUUCCGAGGUUGUUUGAGACAGGAGCGAUUUGUUUAAUCGAUGAGGUAUUUCUCGAGUGCCACUACAAUAGGUGGCAGAGAUGUUGCCCUGGUCAGAGGAGCUCCAAGUAUGAGAAAACUUAUGGCCAAUGCUUGGAGCUGUUUACUUCUCUCAGGCAAAGUGGUGUUCUUGUUCACCAGUGGUGGUAGUUAGUAGGUGAUUAGAAAACAAUUUUUCCUUUAUUUUUCUUCUACACCCGAAACAUUGUAGUUUAUAUUUUUUACUUGUACGUGUUCAGAGAUUUACUUCAAAUGUAAGAGGGUUGCAGCUGGAAAUGAAAAUUUCAUUUGUUCAAUGUUUUU